CAAUGGUAUGAAAUGACGAAGACAAAAGGAUCUGCCCUCUCUCCCUGUAUAAGCAAACGUUGAAGGCACUCGUGUCAUUUCAUACCUGCGCUGCGCUCGCGGUUCCUUUACCUGUGACCGUGCAACAGGGUAACAGCUGAUGCAGAGCAGCUCUGAGGAGGAGUCUGAGCAGGUCUCCUCUCUCCUCCAGGAGUCAUGUCCAGCUUUUGCACCCGUUUGAGUCAGUGGUUUAGCACUUGCUGUCACAAGUCAUCCAAGUCUCGGAACACUGACCAGAAUGACAAGGGCUCUGGUGGAAAGGAUGGACCUGGACCUGAAGACACAGAGUCGGACUCUGCACAACAGGGCAAGAAACCUCAGCGGUUAUUAUCACAUGGAGAGCUACUCGGUCAGCGGUCAGCAGACGGGUCAGACAUCUACAAAGCCCUGUGGAAAUACGAUGCCAGGGAGGAGCAGGAGCUGUCCUUCCAUGAGGGUGACCGCUUUAAGAUCGCACAGCGCUGUGGCGAAUGGUGGACUGUUGAAAGGAUAGACGCCUUUGGCAUCUCUACGGGCAAAGGGAUUGUGCCGAGAAGUUACCUGGCCAAAGAGGACACUCCAGAGGCAAAUCCGUGGUACUUUGGGAAGCUGAGUCGACUGGAGACCGUAAAGCAUCUGCAAGCGUCUAGAAAUAAAGACGGCGCGUUCAUGGUGCGCUUCAGCGAGAAGGAGGACAUUGGCUGUGUGCUCUCAGUAAAGGUGGCCAACAAAGCGAAGCACUUCAAGGUGUACCAUCCCGAGGAGAACCACUGGUACAUCGAUGAAACCCACUGCUUCUCCAGUCUCCAGGACCUGGUGGACUACUACAGGGGACAUGCCCUGACCUCCGUCGGGCAACUGGGCAAGCCCUGCGUCCGGAGGACGCCCAGACCGCAGGACCUUUCCCACAGCACGGUGGAUGAGUGGGAACUGCCCAAGGACCAGUUUGUCCUGGAGGAGAAGCUGGGCAGCGGCUUCUUCUCCGACGUCUACAGGGGCUGCUGGAAGGGCAGCGUCCGAGUCGCUGUCAAAGUCCUCAAGAACAUGGGGUCUCUGAACUACAAAGACUUCCAGAUGGAGAUCCACAUCAUGAAGAAACUCCGCCACAGGAACCUCCUGGCGCUGUUUGCCCUCAGCUCCACCUCGCAGCCCUACUACAUCAUCACCGAGCUCAUGGAGAAGGGAAGCCUGCAGGACCUCCUGCGAGGUGAUGAGGGGGCCAGCCUAGACAUGCCCUCUCUGAUCGACAUGGCGAUCCAGGUGGCUAACGGCAUGGCCUACCUGGAGUCCAACAACAGCAUACACAGAGACUUGGCUGCCCGCAACGUCCUGGUCGGCGAGGACUACACCUGCAAAGUGGCUGACUUUGGCUUGGCUCGCGUCAUCAAGGAACCCUUCUAUAUCUCCUGGGAUGUGAAAAUCCCUUACAAGUGGACCGCGCCAGAGGCCAUCAGCCACGGCCGCUUCUCCAUCAAGUCGGACGUCUGGUCCUUUGGGGUGCUUCUGUACGAAAUUUUCACCUAUGGAGGAAACCCCUAUCCAGCUUUACAUAACCACGAGGUGUACAAACUCAUCACUUCGGGCUACAGGAUGCCCUCACCGUCCAACUGUCCCGACAGCAUCUAUGAAGUCAUGCUGUUCUGCUGGGAUCUGGAGCCUGAGAGACGGCCGAGCUUCGGUGCCCUCACCUCCAGUCUGAUUAAGGCCAACAUCAUCGAGGUGGAACAAACUGGAGAAACCUGCUGUGGGGAGACUGGCCACUAGGCAGCAGGAGAGAAAAAGCAGAUUUCGAGGCUGCAGAGCACGGUUUGGCCACAAGAGGGCAGAAGAGAAAAAGCUGAUUUCUGGACUGCAGAACACGGUUUGGCCACAAGAGGGCACAAAAACUCUGGGAAUGACCUGAUCAAAGGCUUCAAUUCUAAAUUAGUGGAAUUACAGAUUAAGGUGUUAAAAGGUAUUCAUUACUAAUGCAGUUAACAUAAAUAACCAGUCAAAACUUUAAGCCUGAACCAGUGAAUGGCCCUGUUAUACUCAUCUGGACUGAAGGAGAACAAGGUAGCUCAGCAGAGGCUUUGCAGAUUAAUGUAUAGGAUUGCAGUGACUGAAAAUAUAUAAAUAAUAUUUAUUUUUCCUAAUGUUUGCCUUAGACUAUUCAUUAAGUUCAUGCUUUUCUUCUAAGUGAAGAAGUUAAGCUGCUUACACCAAUUUACCUAUUUAUACACCAGGAUCAGUUUUACUGGGUCAGUAUCUUCAUCAAGGGGACUGCAGCUGGAGGGGGAUUCAAACCUAUAUUAUUCAGGUGGUUUACAAAAUCACAUCCAGCAGCCUUUUCACUGCAAUAAAAUUUAUGAAAGCAGUGGAAAUGUAUAAAGUAUGAUUUCCAUUAUGUAAAGUCAGAUAAAUGUG